CCUACAAUUAAACUUGAGUUGGGCUGCGCAUUAUCUGUCUCUAAGCUCAGCCACUGACCUCGACGGCGCUGUUGGUCCAAGUCUUAUGGCGGGAACCAUCCAGGCUCUAACUGUCACGGGUUUUCCCGCCGCUGCUUCGACCCUCCGUCACCGGCACCCUGACUUACUGUCAGUUCAUGUAAAAUUUCGCCCCAUUUCCCUCACCUUCCCCUCACUGACUCGCAAUGUUCGUGGCUCACGGUUCCUGCCUCUAACCGUUAGAGCCUGUCAGCGCUCCGACCAGUGGUUUCAGAUAGAUGGUAAUGGAAGUAAUCCUACCAAUCUCUCGGCUCUGACGAAGGGAUUGAGUUGGGCGCAACCUAUUUUGAGAUUUGCUGGAAACAACUUUUUACCCUUGGUUCUAAUAACUGGAGUGACACUUGGACUAGCAUAUCCUAGUCUGGGCUGUCUAGCUGAUAAAUAUUCUGUGUCAAAACUUGGUCCGUUUGGGAUUUUCAUAAUCUCAGGAUUGAUGCUGCGUAGUAAAGAAAUUGGUGCAGCUGUGGAAGCAUGGCCCGUCGGACUCUUUGGGCUAGUGUCAAUACUGUUUCUGUCGCCUAACUUUUCUAGGGCAAUAUUGCAAAUUCAGCUCCAACCCCAAGAAUUUAUUACAGGAUUGGCUGUAUUUAGUUGUAUGCCAACUACAUUAUCAAGUGGCGUUGCACUUACCCAGGUUGCUGGGGGAAACUCUGCUCUGGCUCUUGCAAUGACAGUAAUAUCUAAUAUGCUAGGAAUAUUUAUUGUCCCACUUUCCAUCACAAAGUUUGUAGCUGAUGGAGUUGGAGUAACUGUACCUACUGAUAAUUUGUUGAAAAGUCUUCUUCUGACCAUAUUAGUUCCCCUAAGUUUAGGGAAGGUUGUACGUGAAUCUUUUAAAGGUGUAGCUGACUUUGUUGACCAAAACCGUAAGCUUUUCUCGGGGAUCAAUGCGUUUUUUCUUAGCUUAGUGCCAUGGAUACAAGUGAGCAGGUCUAGGUCACUGUUGUUAAUGGUGAAACCCAGAGUUUUCCUAGUGGCAAUUGGACUGGGAACACUCCUCCAUCUGAGCUUACUAUUAUUCAAUACCAUUGCUGUGCGAAGUGUUUCAGCCAUCACUGGUGGUAGUAAAUCAGUGUUUUCCCGGGAAGAAAAUGCCAUUGCUUUUAUACUAAUUGCAAGUCAGAAAACACUACCAGUAAUGGUGGCAGUAAUAGAACCACUUGGCGGGGCACUGGGUGAAUCUGGGUUAUUGAUUCUUCCUUGUGUUGCAGCACAUCUAAACCAGAUUAUUAUGGACUCUUUUCUGAUAAACUUCUGGCGUUCAAAAGGCAAUUCCAACAGCAUCAAAGGGGCCAAGUAGUGAAAAUGCUGGUCAUAAUCGAGAAAAGUGUGGUUCCUUUCUUGGGGAGCGCAUGGGGCUACAUUUUAAUAACAUUUGGGAAUUAGUAUCAAGGAUAUUCAAAAAUUUUUCUUGGUGUUUCGUCUCCCAUUGAGUUCUAUGAAACAUUAGGCGCUUCAACAAAUUGGCGAAGUUCAAUCUUCAGCCCAGCAUAUGGUCAAAGGGCCUCGUGCUUUUAUCAAGUUAGUAGAUUCAUAUUUGUGUUAUUUUUCUUUCACCACCAUAGAUUGCCUUCUCUAUUCUUAUGUUAUCAUACUUCUAGAGUUCUUCCAACGUGAAAAAGGUGAGUAUUAACAA